GGUGCCCGGAGUUAGUUCUGCAACGUUUACUUGAAUGAUUGGACGCGAAAAUACCGGUGUGAUGCGGGCGCGUAUUCAGAACCGGCUACCUUGAUCAUCUUGUUCAGCAGUGCUUGGGAAUAUCGAGUGUGGUGAAUUUUGUGUGCUCAAUUAACGGUGGAAUUCAUUCAAUCUAUUUGACCAAUUAAAUCUUAAUCGAUGGUGAAGCUGAGGUGUUGAUUCAGUGUGAGUGCCAUGUCUGUGUGUCCAAAUUCGCCCAGGUUAAUCCUGGAUAUUAGCAACAAUCAGUUUGACAAUCCUGAGCAUCCAGCUGGUGUAAGUGGGGUGAUUGAACAUUCACCGAAAAUGAUAAAGGUGGAGUCCUACGAGAAUCUGGAUAGUUCCAGCAUGAAUCAUCAUCAGCAUCAUCAACAUCUUCAUCAUCAUCAUCAGCUGGGACCGCAUCCACAUCACCCACAGCUAAUGCAGCCGACGCCGGAUUAUUCAGCUAUGGUAUCUUCCCAGUCAUCCGUCCCAUCUACCAUCUACGUCUACCAAUCCCCUUCGAUUGUAACGACUCACGUCGUUCCGGUCGUCGAUUCCCUGAACGUCCCUCGUGGUGACAUUUUGACGCCGACUUCAAACGCUGCCAUAGUCUGUAAAAAGCGGAAACUCGACGCCGACUACGAUUACGAGUUCGAUCAAUCAUCGCUCAGUCCCACCGGCCAUGACAAACGGACGCGCUACGAUGGCAACGGGUACAGUUAUACCCCUGGGGACUACAUUCCUGCCAACAACUACGUCGUCAUUCCGGAACUGGCCAAUAUGAAUGACGAUCCUGCUAAAAUGAUUCACAGCGGACAGGUGUCCUACACGGAUUCAACCCACUAUGGGAUCUACUACCAAAACGACACACCAUGCAGCAUGGAACAGGACGCCUCCUCCAUCUCGGUGUCCUCUAGCCCAAUCAAACCGGAAGACUCGAUCUACCUCACAAAUCCUCCACCUUCCUCCUGUAUGAUUACAAGCACCAUUCAAUCCGUUCCCACCCCAACAUCCUCGUCGCAUCUCUGUAGCAACUCAUCGCCAUCAUCCUCGGUAAGCACGAUCACCACCAGCACCACCACCACUGGUAGCAGCAGCUCCGGCCAUCCGGAUGUUACCCCUAGCGACGAAAAGUCGCACAUCCUGAAAGUCAACGGAGGCAAAAAGUCCCGUAGUAACAGGAUCCGCAAACGGCACAUCCGGGAAUCAAUCAGCUACGAGGAACUGCAAACCCAACGGGUUAUGGCAAACGUUCGGGAGCGGCAGCGGACUCAGAGCCUGAACGAGGCGUUCGCCUCGUUGAGGAAAAUCAUUCCAACCCUGCCGAGUGACAAGCUGAGCAAGAUUCAGACGCUGAAGUUGGCAUCCAGGUACAUCGAUUUCCUCUACCGGGUUCUGUCCAACAACGAGCUGCCGCUGUUGGAGGAAACGCAGAAAAACCUGGCCAAUUCGGGUGCCACCAGUAGUGCGUUGCAGUUCAACGGUAGUGGCAUCUUGGCACACGAAAAACUCAGCUACCUGUUCAGUGUGUGGCGCAUGGAGGGAGACUGGAGCAAUGGGAGCAGCAGCACCGGAAGUUGCAGCGGUAAGGAGUGAUGGACCGCGGUUGACGGUUUCACUCACACUCACAACACACAAGAAACCGGAAAGAAAGUAUUAUUUAGUGCUGUAAGGUACUGUUCCUAGUUGGCAAGAGUAAAGUAAAAACGGAGGUUGAAAUCGGUUGACGAUUCAAUCGAAGGUUCGCCUAAAUGUUUGUUGAUAGAAUGUAUGUGUAUCUGCGCACCGAGCGCCGAAGCAGCUUCGUCCAAAGAAACGCGGAUUAAGUGUUAGAUAUUUCUCCUAAGAAAUGAAAACUAUUCCAAAAAACAAUUAAUUAAGAUAAUAUAAGUAUAAGUAAUAAGAGCUAAAAGCCAAUCAAUUUGACCUAUACAAAUGUGUUAAGUGUUGUUAUGAACUACUGUAACUGCUGGAAGGAUCAUUCGUUUUGACCAGGUCAAAACCGAGUCGAGCCUUUGGAAACCAACUCUAUUCGAUGAGGGGCUGCGUAUUGUUACUUUAGAUGUGACUCUAAUGUGCAACUAUACCGAACUCCAUUCGUAAGCAUUUCCAUUUUACUAUCUAUUUUCUCGUUCUUUUUCCUUUUAUCAUAUGUUAAAUGUGUAGUAGAUAAGAUUAGAAACUGGUUGAAACAGUCCAAAGAUUGGACAAAAUCGAAAUAAAUCCGUUAU